UGGGGUAGGGGGCUAAUCAAUCUUGAGAGCUAAACUAGAAACGGGCAAGUGGAAAUCGAGGCUUGCGAGCUUCGUUUUAAUUUUUUUCUUCUUGAAAGAUCGAGCUUCGAGCCUUGGAGCUUUCGGUAAAGUUCAUAGUCUCCCUAAACUGCCCUUCUCCUCGUUUCUCCAGCAGCGAACACUCCCCCUGUCCGCUUCCCCUCCGCUCCCCAUUUCUCCUCUGCUAGGGUUUCUCCCCCUCCAAAUCCACGCUCCACGGCCAUGGCGAAGACGAAGCAAGGCAAGAAGGACGUGGAUUCGUACACUAUCCGCGGCACCAACAAGGUCGUCCGAGUUGGCGAUUGCGUGCUGAUGCGGCCGUCGGACUCGGACAACCAGCCGUACGUGGCGCGGGUGGAGAAGAUGGAGGCCGACGGCCGCGGCAGCGUGCGGGUGCGGGUGCGCUGGUACUACCGCCCCGAGGAGUCCAAGGGCGGCCGCCGGCAGUUCCACGGCGCCAAGGAGCUGUUCCUCUCCGACCACUUCGACCUGCAGAGCGCCCACACCAUCGAGGGCAAGUGUGUUGUACACUCUUUCAAGAACUACACCAAGCUCGACAAUGUCGGGCCCGAGGACUUCUUCUGCCGAUUCGAGUAUAAGGCGGCGACCGGCUCAUUUACCCCUGAUCGUGUCGCAGUGUAUUGCAAGUGUGAGAUGCCGUACAACCCAGAUGAUCUCAUGGUACAGUGCGACGCCUGCAAAGACUGGUUCCAUCCAUCGUGCAUGGGCAUGACCAUUGAACAGGCCAAAAAGCUAGAUCACUUUGUUUGCUCAGACUGUGUGAAGGAAAAUGGAUCAAAGAGACUUUCAAAUGCAUAUGCUACUUCCCCAAAUUCUGAGCCUAAGGCUGAAUCGAAAAGGCAGAGGAGGUAACACAACUCCGAGUGCCAGCAUCCAUCGCUGAGGAGACGCGCUGCCUUCCGUGGCGUACCAGCAGCCCUUGGCGUCACUAGAGCGGAGGUGUACAGUGCAGUGCAGUAGAACAAGUGUUUGCGGAACCUUUGGCUCCGUCGUUGUGAGCCGUCAGGCAUUAUGCCGUGUUAUCGGUGGUACGGUUUUGCUGGUUUCAGUCGGUGUGGCAUGCUGUUGUACCGAACAGGAAAACAGCCGCGGUCGUGUUGGCUUGUCGGAUUAGCAGCUGCUUGUGCAUUGUGUUGACUGAACUGAACUGCUGCCGGACAGUUCCCUCUGUGGCUGAUAAUUCGAGUCAUGUGGGUAUCUCCUCUGGGCUCUGUUGCUGCAGAGCCCAAACUUUUAACAAUGUUGCCGUCCUGUUGUUCC